GUCCAGCCCCUGAGCGGAGGAGCGUCCGGGAGCGUGGGACAAGGCGCCAGUGUCGGACCUUCUCUCCAGCAGGAUGCUUGACUCCGUCGCCCUCCGCUGGAUGCUGUGCUCCCUCCUGGUGCUCUGCAGCUCUUCACUCACGGCUGACGCCGAGUGCCCGGCGGAGUGCUCCUGCCCCCCCGCCCCUCCACGGUGCCCCCUGGGGGUGAGCUGGGUGACGGACCACUGUGGCUGCUGUAAAGUCUGCUCCCGGCAGUACAACCAGGACUGCAGCGCCAGCGAGCCCUGCGACCACAUCAGGGGGCUGCGCUGCCACCUGGGGGUGGGAGGAGACCCUGAGCGGGGGCUCUGCAGAGCCCAGGCCGCAGGUCUCCCGUGUGAGCUGGACGGCCUGCUGUACCAGCACGGGGAGGUCUUCCAGCCCAGCUGCCAGCACCAGUGCUCCUGCACCGACGGGGUGGUGGGCUGCAUGGCCCUCUGCCCCCAUCCCCUGCCCCUGCCGUCCUGGCGCUGCAGGCAGCCGCGGGUGGCCCGGGUGGGCGGCGCCUGCUGUGAGGAGUGGCUGUGCGACGAGGACAACCACAUCAGUGAGGAGCCGGAGACUCCUCCGCUCCCCAGCCACAUCAGUGCGCUGCUGCGGGGAGCGGCCCCAGGAGGGGCCACACCGGGAGACUUCCUGGACUCCGACUUGUCUUUCAAGUCCAACUGCUUCCUGCAGACCAGCGCGUGGAGCGAGUGUUCCAGCACCUGCGGGAUGGGCGUUUCCAGCCGGGUCACCAACGACAACCCCGGCUGUCAGCUGACCCUGGAGAGCCGCCUCUGCCGGGUCCGCACCUGCCACCAGCAGCUGGAGCCGCCCGCCAAGAAAGGCAAGCGAUGCCAGAGAACGCUGCGCCAGCAGGCGCCGGUGCGGCUGACCUUCGACGGCUGCUCCACCGCGCGGCGCUAUCGUCCUCGCUCCUGCGGCUCCUGCACAGACGGCCGCUGCUGCUCGCCGUCCGCCUCCCGAACCGUCCGCCUGACCUUCCACUGUCCAGACGGCGGCAGCUUCUUCAGGCACUUCAUGUGGAUCCAGCGCUGCAGCUGCAGCAGACGCUGCCGAGGCGCAGGCAGAUCCUCCAGUUCCUCCCUGGGCUUCCACAGUGACAUUCACACCUUCUGACUCGGAACCCAGAGCCCACCUCUCACCUGCACUUUACGCUUCCUGCCAUGACCACACCAGUCAAUGGACCAAACUUGUGAUGCAUCUCCUGCCACCUGACAGUCGGUCACAUGACCACAACCUGUUCCAGGGCAGUUACUCAACAUUCUCUCAGGAGAAGCUGCUGAAACUGACAAAGAAACUAAUGAAAUGAAACUGAUAAACUGGUGCCUAAAAUGAAAUAAUGAAAUAUAGAAAUGUGAAAUGUUUUUAUUUGAACAGGAUUAGUUCAUGGUCUUAUUGAGACGAAGCUGUGUUUUGUUUUGGUGCAGUUUGUGUGUAGUUCAGACCAGACGGGUCGUGUCAGUGCCAAACUCUAGAGUGUGUCUUUACUGUCGAGCGAGUGCAUAGACUUCACCUCCAGCUGUGGAGCGGUCUUUUCAGAGAUGACCUCAUUUUACGAGGUCAGUGGGAAAAGCUUUGUUCCUAUUUAAGAAUGAGAUGCCUCCUAGUGCCCUGUAUUUUUGGAAUAAAAACCGUAU